AGACAGAGAAGGAAACAACCUGCAGAGCUCAGAGAUCAGUUGUUCAGCUCACAGCAACAGAGACAUCUGAACCCAGAAGGACCUGGACUCUGAUCUGAACCCAUGAAAGACCAGGAUUAUUUACUGUCAGCAGUGAGGAUAAAAGCCUGAGGGCUCGGUUCUUUGAGCUGCUGACGACUCCUGAACAGAACCGAGUUCAGACACUUUCUGACUUUUUGGCUGUUUGUUUCCUCUGAACAUUCCUUACAUACAUAAAUGAUGAAGAUGUUCAUAACUCUGUUCUUCCUCUGUCAUGCAGCAUCUGCAGUGAAACACUCUCUGAAAUGGAUCACCACUGGCAUUUCUGGAAAAACAAACCUUCCUGAGUUUGUGGUUACGGCAUCAAUGGACAAUGUUGAUCUUUGGCACUGCGACAGCACCAAGAGAGAACUUGAACCAAAACAGGAAUGGACACGAAAACUAUUCAAGUUUAGACCUGAACUCCUCCAGUUUCAUUUACAGAGAUGUCUUUUUAAUCAGCAAUUCUUCAAGGCCCACAUGGAUGUUUUCAAGCAACGUUUAAAUCAAACUGAAGGUUCUCACAUUCUCCAAAGAAUAGGCGGCUGUGAGUGGGACGAUGAAAGCGAUGAAGUCAAAGGUUUUGAACAGUACGGUUAUGAUGGGGAAGACUUCAUCUCUCUGGACCUGAAGACUGGGACAUGGGUUGCUCCAAAAACACAAGCUGCUGUGAUAAAACAUUCAUGGGAUGCAGACAAAGAGAGAAUAAAGUACAUUCAACAAAUAUUCAUGUCAUGGUUUCCUAAAUUUCUCAAGGAUUACAUGCCCUAUAGGAGGAGUUUUCUGCAGAGAACAGAGCGUCCUUCAGUAUCUUUUCUCCAGAAGACUCCCUCCUCUCCGGUCUGCUGCCAUGCCACUGGCUUUUAUCCUGACAGAGCAGAUCUGUUCUGGAGGAAAGAUGGAGAGGAGAUCCAUGAGGGUGUGGAGAAGGGACAGAUCCUACCUAACCAUGAUGGAACCUUCCAGAUGAGCUCAGAGCUGAACGUUUCAUUGAUCAAACAUGAAGACUGGAGGAGGUAUGACUGUGUGUUCCAGCUCUCUGGACUAACAGAAGACAUCGUCUCCAUGCUGGACAAAACCCAGAUUCAGACAAACUGGGAUGGUCUAGAAAAAGAAGAAUCCUCAAGCGGAGGAUCCAGAGCAUCACAAGAAGAAUUUUCUUUGGCUGAAAACAGUUGAUUUGGACAAAACAGACACAGAGACACUAGAGUUAAAUUCACUGUAAGCAGCACAUAUGGAAUGAAAUAGUGAAGACUGGAAGUGAAGCUUCUGGAACUCAGUUCUGAUCCGUGCUGACAGUGAACGCCUGAGACGGAUCCUGAAUCAACUCUGGAACCAGGAAUCAAACACAGCUUCUAUCUGCAUAGAGAUGUUCUUAGUGAAUUACUAUACUAUACUUUUACUAUACUGUAACUUCAAGUAAACGUGUUAUUUCUGUGUUACUAUCCAUGUUUUUAGCCAUAAUACAGUUUUUGUAUGGACUUUUGUAAAGAAGUAAAUUCUGUGGGUGUCUAAUGCAAAUGUGACAUAAUUCAUGUUUUGUUGUAAUUAGAAGAAUCCUGCAUAAAUCAUUGAUUCAGGUG